AUGAAUGAUGAUAUAGCAACGGGUGUCAAUGCCUGGUUGUUAGAGUUUGGUAACAAUACAUUGGCUGUCAAAGAACAGAUCAACGCUAAACUGCAACUGGGGCCGAAUGGCAGCAGCAGCAUCAACAGCAACUCAAGCCAACACAUAGACACAGCAACAAUUACAACAACAAUGCCUAUUACAAUUACAAGUGUACAGGCUCCCGAUGAGGACAGCGAUAUCAAGUCGUCUGCAACGAUUGACAUGACGUGGAGGACUGCAAUCGAUGAUGAGAUCGCCGAGCUGUCCACGCUCAUUGGCAAGCUAAAGACAUUCGCGCCACAUCACACCAACAACAAAGACUCUGCGGCCGAGCAGUUCAAGAAUGCAGAGGAGCAUAUGAAGAGUUCGACAUUUGCAACUAUACUACGUCUAAAGACUGAGCUCAUUGGAAUGAUCCGUGAUUUCGAGGCAGCAGCCUCAGACACACAUGCACAAUCAUCAGCAACCGCGACACAACACGCUGUUGCCAGCAACAUUGGAAAGGCAACAUCUCAACCAGUUGUCAGCACAUUGGUGGCAGCACAUCAGCUGAAAGUGGACUCACACAAUCAAUCGAUAUCGUCAUCUUCAAAGUCUGCGCCAAGUUCACCACGACGACCCAAGUCCACGACAUCAUCCUCAUCGUCAUCCACUGGUUACUCUCCCUCUGCUUCCACCACAUCACCAUCCAACUCACCAUCAUUAUCAAGGCGUCCAGCUCCUGCUGCAGCUGCAGCCUCUGCGGCGUCAACAACAUCAACAUCAACAUCGACCACGACGACUACAGCGACCCAGCCAUCGACACCUAUCAAGGCAUCGUCAUCUUCAUCAUCAUCAUCACUUACAAACUCUGCGACUAAGGGCAUCAGCAGUCGACCAAGGACAAACUCAUCGUCGGCAGCUGGCUCAUCAAUUUCAUACUCGUCGUCCAGCACACCAACCAAGCCAAAGUCAACUCUCGGCACGCCUGGCAGGAGCAUGACACCAACUAAGCAGGUCAGGAAAGAGGAGGGUGAGGAUGUGUUCAAGGUGUGGAUACAGGAGGUGCUCAAAGCUGAACUGAAGGACAUUGGCUCGUGUCUGCCAUUCGAGUCGUCAUUGGGCCUCCACCUGCAGUCUGGUGUCAUCCUCUGUCGCCUGGUCAAUGCACUCGCUGGCAAAGAUGUCAUCAAGAAGAUCAACGAGGACAAGGGGUUCCGCAAGCAUGAGAACAUCAACAACUUCCUAACGGGUGCGCAACAGCUUGGCGUUCCCAAACGCGACAUCUUCUUCUCGACCGAUCUGGUCAAUCUCACAAACAUGAAGACUGUCAUAUCCAUGCUCUAUCAACUCGCCCGAGUCACCAACAACAAUGACACACUCAAGAGGAUUGAGCAACAACUGCUCAACAAGAAGUUGGGCAUUGCCGACCCUCAAGAGACAGUGUUGCCAUCACCAGACCAACAUCCAAAGUAA